AUGGGAGGCAAUAGCUGCAAUGAUGGACUGCGUGGAGAGCACUCCCGCAGCUCCCAAUCAACGCCCCUCCUCCAACUUUCAUUCAUUUCGACCAGCCUCAUCUCUGCCAGCAACAUCUGCACCUCCAUCUUCAGCCACCUCGCCUUCUUUUGCGGCAUCAGCGACGAGCGGGAACAGACCGCACGCCAGUCGAUUCCAGAUUCCAACCGGCCCCAGCACGCAGUUCACAUCUUCGUCUGCGCCGCCUGGACCGUCGACGUCGGCGUCGCCCUACGCCCGCGGGGCACCACCGACCCGUGCCCCGCACCCAAGCCCAAGCCACAAUUCGAGAACCCUUACCAGAAGCAGCAGGAGGAGAAGGACAAGUCGUACAGCUUCUCCUACACGCCGGGAACGCCGGCGGCCGGCGGCCGAUCGACGUUCAACCGAUUCAACAAGAACCCCUCCAUAUUCAACGCGACCGAGACCGCCCCUUUCGACGACGAUCAGCCACCUAACGGGUAUGACGGCGACGACGACGACUUCCAGGCGUCCUCGCUCCCUCCUCAACCCGCGCAGGGUCGUGGUCCUUCCUCUUCUUCUUCUUCCUCAUCGUCGGGCUUCACCUAUCCGUCGCCUUCAUCAACCCCAAACGCUGCUCGCGGUGGUCCACCACAGCAACAGCAGCAGCACCAUGGAAACAGCAGCCAGCAGUCGGCGGCCAUGCGAGGCGCGGGCGGGCGCCCUCCGCCGGCGGUGGCCUUCCCCCAGCCCCGCCCGCCGACCUUCUACGGUAACGCGCCGCCGGUGCCCAUCGACGUCCAGCUGGUCGACAGGGAGCGGUUCGGUGCUGCCGAACCGAACAAGCGCGACAAGUGGCUGUCCGACUUCUAUGCCAGCGUGCCCGGCAGCACCUUUGAUGCCUGCACCAAGAUGUGGACGUUCCCCCUGUCGUGCUACACGUCCUUUACCAAGGCGAUCGAGGACUCGCGCGGGGUCACGCUCAAUGGACCCCUGCCUCCAUGGAUCAUGCGCCUCUUCGUGUACAAGGAGAAAAAGCCCCUCAACAUGAGCGUGCAACUGGACAAGAUACCGGUGGGCCUGCUGAAUGCGCUCUACCCGUUCCAAAGGGAGGGCGUCAUGUUUGCCCUGCAGCGGAACGGCCGGGCUCUUAUUGCAGACGAAAUGGGGUUGGGCAAGACGCUGCAGGCGAUUGCGAUCGCUGCCUACUACAAAGAGGAUUGGCCUGUGCUCGUGGUGGCCCCAUCAUCGGUGCGGGUCCAAUGGGCAGAUAAUUUCGAGAAGUGGAUACCCGGACUUCGACCCGACCAAAUCAAGGUGAUCAUGAAGACCAAGGACAAUCCCGACGGUCUAGUCAACAUCAUCUCCUACGAUCUAGUGGUGCGACAAACCAACAUCGCGCAGAAGAAGUUCCGUGUCAUCAUCGCCGAUGAGAGUCACACAAUCAAGAGCUGGAAGGCCAAGCGCACGUCCCACCUUCAGCCCCUACUCAAGGAUGCGCGCCGAUGCAUCCUCUUGACCGGGACACCAGCGCUCAGCCGGCCCGAAGAGUUGUUCACGCAGCUCCACGCUCUGGACUCGCAAGUCUUUGUGCGCAUGACUGACUUUGGAGUUCGCUACUGUGCCGGGCACCAAACACGGUUCUGCUGGGAUUACUCGGGCUCUUCGAAUCUCAAGGAGUUGAAUCUGCUGCUGCAAGAGACGGUGAUGAUACGGCGGCUCAAGUGCGACGUGUUGGGCCAACUGCCAGCCAAAAAGAGAAUGCAGGUGUUCCUCGGGAUCAUCGACAAGCACAAGAAGAUCAUCGGCAACAUCAACGACAAGAUCAAGGAGCACAAGAAGAUGUUUCACAUCGCGCACAGCACUGACGCAGCCAAGUCGGCGCGCUUUGAGGCGUGGCGACUCAUCAAGGAGCUGUACCACAACACGGGAACGGCCAAGCUGCCAGCCGUCACCGAGUACAUCAAGGAGAUGCUCAAAACGAAGAACAAGAUCAUAGUGUUUGCGUAUCAUCACGACGUCAUGGACGGCAUCGGUCUGCUGCUGGAGCGAGAAGGGGUCGAGUACGUCCGGAUUGAUGGCAUGACUCCUCCACAACACCGGCAAGAGUUGGUGGACUACUACCAGAACCAGCCCAAUUGCAGAGCCGCCGUGUUGGGCUUGACAUCGGCUGGUGUGGGACUUACGAUGACGAAGGCCGAGGCUGUCAUCAUGACCGAACUCUACUGGAAUCCCGGCAUCCUGCGCCAGGCCGAGGACAGAGCCCACAGAAUUGGCGUGGAGCACGAGGUGGAAGUGUUCUACCUGGUCGCUCGCGGCACUCUGGACGAAAGCAUAUGGUACGAAGGCCCCUUUUUUGCGCUCCAACCAGCGCUCCAAGUCGUGGUAGUUGUUGUCGGCUGA